AUGGAAGGGGAGACAAGCAUUUCGAAAAUUAAUGAUAAAGAAGAUGAUACUAUUGAUUUCGAUUUUUCUGAUGGGUCAGAUAUAGAUCUAAAGCUUUCCUUGAAGAAACGAAAGAAAAUAAAGCUUCCUAAUCGUCGGCCGUUAAAAGAAGGUGAGCAUCCUGAAUCAAAGGAACAAAAAAGUGGCAUAAUAUAUCUCCAAACUGUUCCACCUAAUUUUACCGUCUCAAGGAUGAGGGAAGAGAUGAGUAAAUAUGGAGAAAUUGGGCGCAUAUUUUUGCAGCGUGAAAAACAAAAAAGUGGAAGAAAGCAUGGAAGAAGAUAUGUUGAAGGUUGGGUUGAAUUCAAAAGGAAGAGUAUAGCAAAACAAGUCGCGAAAUAUUUGAAUGCUAUGCCUGUUGGUGGAAAGCGGAGAUCUAUGGCCAGAGAAACACUUUGGACCAUGAAAUAUCUCUCCGGUUUCAGUUUCAAGUGGUACCAUUUAAAUGAGCAGUUGAAUUAUGAACAAAAACUGGAAAAAAUGCGAAUGCAUGCUGAAAUUUCUCAGGCAAAAAAACAGGCUUCAUUCUUUGCGGAACAGGUCGAAAAGGGAAAACAAUUAAAAAAACUUGAGGAGAAGGUGCUGAAGAAGGGAGGAGUUUGGGAUAAAUUCCAGCGGCAAAUUGAGCAACGCUCCGUUAUUAAGAAAAAGCGAAAAAGUCAUGAAAAUCAAUAUACUGGUGAUGAUUUGAUGAAAAUGAUUUUCGCUGGAUGA